AAGGUUUGGAUGCUUUUUCGUAAAGGGUGUUGUAGAGGACGAGCGGAUUUUCUGAGUCGCUCUUGAGCAAGCGCUUUUAACAAAUUGUUCUGCUUAUUUCUUCCGCUCUUGGUCUCAAUUAACAGCUGUAAGGAAACUGGGAGGAGAUCUCUGAAAGGGACAACGCCUGUUUGGAAAAGGCACUAUUAAGUGCAUGUGUCAGAGUCUAUCAGAACUGGAGAACAGAGGUAUAGGAGAUCAAUGCAACAGCUCAUCGGAUCUUCACAAAAUCUAGCAAUGUACCCUAUUAAAGGAAUUUAACAAUUCUCACUCACGUUUCUAAGAGAUCUAAGCUCCAUCUCAGGCUUGUGGCACAUAGUGAAAAAAGUCCAUAAAAUAUAUAAAGUAUUCUCGUACUUGAAAACCAAGUUUUUUAAGGAUGGUCAGAAUUUUUUCAAGGAAAGAAUAAUCGACAUGGCGAUUUCUGGAGUAUUUCUACCGCUCCUUGGAAAUUUAAAAUAAACUAUAAGGUUUGUUUUGGAUGCAAUGCAAAUCAAGAAGUUUCACAUCUGCAAGUAAAAACUAGUACACAACAAUCAGGAUGAAAAGAUGGCAACCCUGUUGUUACCACCGGGUCCUGACAGCUUGCGCCGGUUCACACGUGAAUCCCUGGCUGCUAUUGAGAACCGGAUUGCUGAGGAGCAGGCCAGGAAUGCCAAGCAGGAGUACCGAGAGGAUCUUGGUGACGUGGAGCCACCAAAGCCACGAGCCGACCUCGAGGCCGGCAAGCAGCUGCCGCGCAUCUUUGGCGACAUUCCUUCUGAACUCGUUGGUGUGCCUCUGGACGAUUUUGACUCUUACUACUACAACAACCAGAAAACUUUUAUAGUACUGAACAAAGGGAAGGCCAUCUUCCGAUUUAGUGCCACACCUGCACUGUAUAUUUUUAGUCCCUUCCAUCCUGUCAGAAGAGCAUCAAUAAAAAUUUUAGUACACUCAUUGUUCAGUCUCUUUAUAAUGUGCACUAUUUUGACCAACUGUGUGUUCAUGGCCAUGUCUGAACCAGCACAAUGGGCCAAAUAUGUUGAGUACACUUUCACUGGCAUUUACACUUUUGAAUCACUGAUUAAAAUUCUGGCGAGAGGAUUCUGCAUUGGGCCUUUCACCUUUCUGCGUGACCCAUGGAACUGGCUGGAUUUCAGUGUUAUUGUGAUGGCGUAUCUAACAGAGUUUGUAAAAGUAGGCAAUCUUUCAGCUCUUCGAACAUUCAGAGUCCUGAGAGCUUUGAAAACUAUUUCUGUAAUUCCAGGCUUGAAAACCAUUGUAGGUGCUCUGAUACAGUCUGUGAAAAAACUGGCAGAUGUGAUGAUUCUGACAGUGUUUUGCCUCAGUGUAUUUGCCCUUAUUGGACUCCAGCUCUUCAUGGGUAACCUUCGGCAAAAAUGUGUCCAAAAUAUUACAGACUGCUAUCAUAACACAUCGACUAAUGGCACUAACUAUUACUGCAAAAAUAAGACCUGGCCCUCUUACCAAGACUUCAUUUCUGAUGAAGAAAACUAUUAUAAACUCGAAGGAGCAAAGGAUCCCUUAUUAUGUGGAAAUGGGUCUGAUGCUGGGAGAUGUCCUGAUGGAGCUGUUUGUCUAAAGAUAGGAAAAAACCCAGACUAUGGCUACACCAGCUUUGACACUUUUGGCUGGGCGUUUCUUGCUUUGUUUCGUCUCAUGACCCAAGAUUACUGGGAAAAUCUCUAUCACCAGACUCUCCGAUCUGUGGGCAAGACCUACAUGAUAUUUUUCGUGCUGGUGAUCUUCUUGGGCUCGUUCUACCUCAUCAACUUGAUCCUGGCAGUGGUGGCCAUGGCUUACGAGGAGCAGAAUCAGGCCACCAUUGCUGAAGCUUGGCAAAAAGAAAAGGAAUUCCAGGAAGCGAUGGAGCAGCUCCGAAAGGAACAGCAGGCAAUUGUGAACAAAGUUCAGGAGACAGACUCAGUCCUGUCACCUGAAAUGUCCCCGUUUCCUAUGAAAGACACUAAGGAAAGACGGAACAGAAAAAAAAAGCAUAAGACGUUAUCAGAGGGGGCCGAAGAUGAUGCAGAAGAUAAAACAGCAAAGCAGGACACUGAAGAUAGGCAGAGGGGUAAUGUCUUUCUUGCUCGGACACUCUCCUCUGCCAAUCGAAGGGAGAGCCAGUGUAGCAUCUUCAACUUUCGGUCCCGAAAUAAAGAAUCAGAGACAGAUUUUGCAGAUGAUGAAUGCAGUGCAAAUGGAGACAAUGCGAGUCGCACUGGGUCCCUUGUCAUUCCUUGGUCUAGAAGGCGAACUAGUGCCCACAGCACAAGUAGCCACUGUUCCCAAGGCAACACUCCCACUCUGAAUAUCAACGGAAAGCUGAAUAUCACAGUAGAUCGGAAUGGAGUUUCUUCUUUGGGACCUCCUUCUGCUUUAACAUUGCCUGUAGUUAUGGUGGAUAAAGUUAACACAGAAGACCACAUGCUGAAUUGCACAAAUGAGACAAGCAACAUGUUAAACCCUCGCAGAUUUUCUGCUGCAGAGUUCUUAGAGGAGCCAUUUCAAAGAGAACGAGCCCUAAGUGCAGCCAGUGUGCUAACUAAUGCUAUGGAGGAACUGGAAGAGUCUCAUCAGAAGUGUCAUCCUUGCUGGUAUCGGUUUGCACAGCAUUAUCUGAUUUGGGACUGCUGUCCUCUGUGGCUGAAAAUCAAAGAGUGGGUGAAGUUUGGAGUGAUGGACCCCUUUCUUGAUCUAGCUAUCACUAUUUGCAUUGUACUCAACACUCUCUUUAUGGCAUUAGAGCACCAUCCAAUGACGGACGAUUUCAACAGCAUGCUGUCUGUCGGGAACUUGGUGUUCACUGGAAUCUUCACAGCAGAGAUGGUUUUCAAAAUCAUUGCCCUAGAUCCCUACUACUACUUCCAGCAGGGCUGGAAUAUAUUUGAUAGCAUCAUUGUCAGCCUGAGCUUGAUGGAGCUGGGUCUCUCAAAUGUGGAAGGACUGUCAGUGUUGCGUUCAUUCAGACUGCUGAGGGUCUUCAAACUCGCAAAGUCCUGGCCCACCUUGAAUACACUGAUCAAGAUCAUUGGAAACUCAGUAGGUGCCUUGGGAAACCUGACAUUGGUUCUAGCUAUCAUAGUCUUCAUUUUCGCUGUGGUGGGAAUGCAGUUAUUUGGAAAGAGCUAUCAGGAUUGCGUCUGCAAGAUUUCUAAGGAUUGCACUCUGCCCCGAUGGCACAUGAAAGACUUCUUCCAUUCUUUCCUCAUCGUCUUUCGGGUCCUGUGUGGGGAAUGGAUUGAAACCAUGUGGGAUUGUAUGGAAGUGGCUGGGCAGCCCCUGUGCAUCCUUGUCUUCAUGCUGGUCAUGGUGAUAGGAAAUCUUGUUGUGCUGAAUCUCUUCCUUGCUUUAUUGCUGAGCUCCUUCAGUGCAGACAACUUAUCAGCACCGGAUGAUGAUGGUGAGAUGAACAACCUUCAGAUAGCCAUUGCCCGCAUCCAGCGUGGUAUUAACUGGCUGAAGAUAGCCAUCUGUGACUUCUUCAAUGGAAACUUCAAGAAAAGGCGGCAGAAAGCAAAAGAAGCGAAGGCCAUGACAAAGUUGCAACGUCUUGGGAACCACAUAGAAGGGAAUGGAACCAUGGGAAUCAUAGGUCGAAAUGGAGAAAAGUAUGUAAUCUCUGAUGGCGACAGCUACAUGACUAAUCCCAAUUUGACUAUCAAUGUUCCUAUUGCUCCCGGGGAGUCAGAUGUGGAGUUUCCAGAGGAGGAUGAACGAAGCGAGUGCUCAGAGGAUGAGGAGGUCAAACAGAAAGAUGAAAUCAGCCUCUCUGAGGGAAGUACAGUGGAUCUCAGGAAACCAGGAGAAGAGGAGGAUGAAUUUUCAGAAAUGGCUGAAGAGGCCAUGGAUCCAGAAGACUGUUUUCCUGAAAUGUGCGUGCGUCGUUUCCCAUGCUGUGAUAUUAACACCACACAGGGAGUGGGCAGCAUAUGGUGGAGGCUCCGAAAAACCUGCUACCGAAUUGUAGAACACAGCUGGUUUGAAACUUUUAUCAUUUUCAUGAUCCUUCUCAGCAGUGGGGCUCUGGCAUUUGAAGAUAUCAACAUUGAAAAAAGGAAAGUCAUUAAAGUAAUUCUGGAGUAUGCUGAUAAGGUGUUCACUUACGUCUUUGUUCUUGAAAUGCUCCUGAAAUGGGUUGCAUAUGGCUUUAAGAAGUAUUUCACCAAUUACUGGUGCUGGCUCGAUUUUCUUAUUGUUGAUAUCUCCACAGACACUGCUUUUGAUAGGGUAUCUUUAAUAAGCCUUAUAGCUAACACGCUGGGGUACUCGGACUUUGCUGCCAUCAAAUCACUAAGGACCCUGAGAGCUCUCAGACCAUUAAGAGCCUUGUCCAGAUUUGAAGGCAUGCGGGUUGUGGUAAAUGCCUUGAUUGGGGCCAUCCCCUCCAUCAUGAAUGUGCUACUGGUCUGUCUGAUCUUCUGGUUGAUUUUUAGUAUAAUGGGGGUGAACCUCUUUGCAGGGAAGUUUGGAAAAUGUGUCAGCAAAGCAGGUUACCAGUACAAUGCCUCCCACAUAAACAACAGAAGUGAAUGCCUAGCAAUGAACAACAUGACACUGUACUACUGGACCAAAGUGAAAGUUAACUUUGAUAAUGUCGGAGCUGGAUAUCUUGCCCUUUUACAAGUUGCAACUUUCAAAGGCUGGAUGGAAAUAAUGUAUGCUGCAGUGGAUUCACGUGGGCUAGAAGAGCAACCUAUUAAAGAAAGCAACCUGUACAUGUACCUCUACUUUGUCAUCUUCAUCAUCUUUGGAUCAUUUUUCACGUUGAAUCUCUUCAUUGGUGUCAUAAUAGACAACUUCAACCAGCAAAAAAGGAAGUUAGGGGGACAAGACAUCUUUAUGACAGAAGAACAGAAGAAAUACUAUAAUGCAAUGAAAAAACUUGGAUCCAAAAAACCUCAGAAACCAAUUCCAAGGCCACUGAACCCAUUUCAAGGAUUUUUUUUUGACGUUGUGUCCAAACAAGCCUUUGAUAUCAUCAUCAUGAUUUUGAUCUGCUUGAACAUGGUAACUAUGAUGGUGGAGACAGACGACCAGUCCAAGCGCAUGGAGGACAUCCUCAAUAAGAUCAAUCUGGCAUUCAUUGUUAUCUUCACUGGGGAGUGCUGCAUUAAAAUCAUGGCACUUCGCUGCUACUUCUUCACUGUUGGGUGGAAUAUCUUUGACUUUGUAGUGGUCAUCCUUUCGAUUGUGGGAAUUGUUCUUGCUGACAUAAUAGAGAAAUACUUUGUGUCGCCAACAUUGUUCCGUGUCAUCAGACUUGCACGCAUCGGGCGUGUCCUUCGACUUAUACGUGGAGCCAAAGGAAUUCGAACUCUACUUUUUGCCUUAAUGAUGUCUCUUCCUGCAUUAUUCAACAUUGGUCUUUUACUUUUUCUUGUGAUGUUCAUCUAUGCCAUCUUUGGUAUGGCGAAUUUUGCCUAUGUGAAAAAACAGGGUGGAAUUGAUGACAUGUUUAAUUUUGAAACAUUUGGUAACAGCAUGAUUUGUCUUUUCCAAAUCACAACCUCAGCUGGCUGGGACAGUCUGCUCAGUCCCAUUUUGAACAAUUCCCCUGAGGAGUGUGAUGCAAACAAAACCCACACUGGCACUAAUGCAAAGGGAGACUGUGGGAACCCAUCAGUGGGCAUCACUUUUUUUGUCAGUUAUAUCAUUAUAUCAUUUCUUAUUGUUGUGAACAUGUACAUAGCCAUAAUUCUGGAAAACUUCAGUGUAGCUACUGAGGAAAGCACAGAGCCUUUGAGUGAGGAUGACUUUGAGAUGUUCUAUGAGGUCUGGGAAAAGUUUGAUCCUGAGGCAACACAGUUUAUUGAGUACGCCAAGCUCUCCGACUUUGCAGACUCUUUGGAGGAGCCACUGCGCAUUGCAAAGCCCAAUAAAAUCAAACUCAUCUCUAUGGACUUGCCUAUGGUUAGUGGGGACAAAAUCCACUGUCUGGAUAUUUUGUUUGCUUUCACCAAAAGGGUUUUAGGGGAGUCAGGAGAAAUGGAUGCUUUGAAGCAACAAAUGGAGGAGAAAUUCAUGAUGGCCAACCCUUCCAAAAUAUCCUACGAACCCAUUACGACUACCCUCAGACGUAAGCAAGAGGAGGUGUCUGCUGUCAUAAUUCAGAGAGCCUACAGGCGUCACCUUCUCCGAAGGUCAAUGAGGCAAGCUUCCUUUCUGUAUCGUCACAUAAACAGUGAUGGGAACAUUGAUGUGGAAGACCCUCCUGAGAAGGAAGGUCUUAUAGCAUCCAUGAUUAAGGAAAACUACGGACACGAGACAGAAAUGACGGAAACAUUAUCCUCAACCUCUUCCCCACCAUCUUACGACAGUGUAACCAGAGCUACUAGUGACAUUUUCCAAGUUGUGAUAAGUGACCCAAGGAACACUGAUCAAAGUGAACCCUUCAUACAUCCUGACAGAGACAGGGAGUCAUUUCUGUAACACUGGUUAUGAAAUGCUUUAAAUCUUGUUUACCGAAUGUAACAUAACUACAACAACACUGAUUCAAUCUAGUUGUACACUUUUUAGCUGCAAAACAAAAAAGGCAGGGCUUAUAGGAUGAUCUAUUUUUUUCUUGUCCACUUUGGUGGAAUACACAAAGGGACUGUGUAACUUACACAAAAUCCCUUUGACCCUGCUUAAUCAACUGUGCUUAAUAUUUAUAUGCAUGAAUGACCUCUGCAGGGUCCCAACAAUUAUAUCACUGAUGUAAUAAUCAUUUAUUAGAUUGAAAAAAUACAAUUUAUCAAUAUUUACGAACAAUGCUUGACUGUAUGCAUUCAUUAAAGGUCUUACUUAUAAUGGUGUGAUUCCUUAUGAUAGCUUAUAAAACAAAACUAACUACAACUACAGUAGUAAAAUGCAACACAUUAUUUACACAUUAUAGUUCUUUUCAUAUAGGUACAAUAAUCAUUGUAUUUGAUAUUUUUCUACUUGUGACAAUAGCUGUCUGUUUUUCAAUGGGAACGACUAACUACACUGUUUAAAAUGAAUGGUUCUAUCUGUAAAAUUCUAAAAUGACAGGUUGUAUCAUUUAAAAUGUAGUUUUAGCUAUCUUUUGGCAUUAUUGCACUUCUGAGUUUGCAUGUAUUUUUAUGGGGUUGGUGCAGGAAUAGAAAACAAUUCAGAGGGAAGGUUACUUUUGUGCUUGUCAACACAGUAUCUGACAUCUGCGCUUGACAAUCAUACUGUACAUAAUCAGAAACAGGUCUAGUAAUGUUUUCAUUAAAUGGUUAGAAAGACCAGAAAUUUCUGAAAGCAUCGGCACAAAGCAAAAAUCCAUUGGCUUCCCCUGUUGGAUUAACGGCAAGUAUUAAAACAUAUAUCAGGAAGACUUUUUAUGCUUUCAGAAAUAAUCAUCCUUUAUGUAAAAUAAUAUCUCUCUGAAAAGCACAUUUUGGUUACAGAUCUAAUGCAAUUGCAAUUGGAAGCUAAUUAACUUCUCAUUAACUAAUUAACUAAUUAACUUUUCAGAAUAAAAGAAAGCAAAAUUAAUGUGCUGUCAAAGCACAUGACCUGCAUGAAACACUAUUCUUAUUUUCUAUAGUGCUAUUUUUUCAUUACAAUUGACCAAAUGACUUUUAAAUUCUAAAUAAUGGAGCGAUGAACACGAAAAGAUUUAAGCAAAAAAAAAGAAGUAGCUGUAAUUAUGAAUGUUUACUGAAGGGCUUUGUAAAGUAGCAAUAGCUCCAUGUGUGCCUGAUUGUAUGAGUUCUGUAUGAACAUAGGUCUGUUCAUUUGAUUCUUUUGAAGUCGUUCAACUUUUGCUAGUUUUUCUCUUAGAGUAAAAACACCUGAGACUACACUAUAGUGUUAAAUUUAAAUUGCAGCACACUUUAUGAUUUUGGGACUUGUAAGUGAAUUAAUUAUAUAAAUAAUAUACCUUCCUGUAUUGACUUGCAAUUCUCUGUUUUAAAACCACCCCUCAGAGUCAUUUUAGACCUAAUUUAAUAACAGUUACACUAAGCUGGUAAAUUAAAUUAAAUUUACAGAAAUAGAAAAAUUGUAAUUAAAAAGUUGGAAAAUAUAUUGCAUUUAAUAUUGAAAGAUAUUACAUAGUAAAUAGAGAUUUUUCUUGAAAAUUCUUGAUUAUGUAAAUAUGUUUUACUUCCAGUACAAUUUAAUUUUUUUUUUUCCACUUAGACAGAAAAUCAUAUUUGUGGAAUAUACAUUAGCUGUUUUAUGUCAGGACAAUAUCUGCAUAAAGUUUCAUAUGAGGUCUAGAAAAUUGUUUUACAUUCAUCAUUAAUAGUGUUAUAUAUAAAAACAUAAAGCCUUAAAUCUUCUUUAAUUUUAUUCUCAAGUAUUUGCAAGUAAAUAAAUUAAGAGCGUUUCGUUUGACCAAUAGAAAUUGUAUUAACAUUUAGAGGAUUUUCUUUCUUUAUUCACAGUUUUUAGACACAUUGGGAAAGUCUGCAUCAGCCAUGUCAUAUUUUGUGUAGCUAAUGUCAGAAUAAUAUAGAAGACCCAAGCUUAUAAGAAAAGUUAUUACUUCCAUGCUUACAAGAAACAAAGGUGCACUGUACUGUACACUUUGAGAACACAGGGGAAUGUGUUUUCCUCAGGCCUUAGUAUAUCUGUGUUUGCAUGUUCAUUCAGCUGCUAGAUGUUGUACGGUGAAAUUAGGGAGUGUACUCACAACACAAAAUCAAUGUGAAGAAACAAAUGAAAUAAACUAGUUAUUUUUUGUACUCUACAAACCAUACAUACUGUUGUGCAAGAGUCUUGAGCAUUUUGAAUUGUUCUACACUUUUUACUCCACUGGAAUGUUAAAGAUUUUUAAUCCUGCAAGAUUUGCAUUUUGCAGUUCAAACAUUACCUCUCGGUUUUAUGGAUGUUGUUUUGUUCACCAGCUAUGUACCUAAGUAGAAUCAAUAGAGUGAGGAGAGUGGAGCUACAGAGGAAUGAGUAGAGGUUAAUUCCAAACAGAAAAUACAUAGAAAAUACCCUUUCUUUGAGUUUUUUUUAAAUAUCCUUUGUAUUUUUCAAAGUAAUAUAAUAAUUAUAUGAUAAGCUUAGUUUGUCUCAUACAAAUUAAUAACAAAGUUGUUAAAAUAGUACAAACACCAGUGGAGGUUUUGAGUAAGUUAUCAAUGUAUUGUAUUGUAACUCCUGAUUAAGAUGCCUAAGACUUUUGCACAGUCAUGUUAAUGGAUUGUGCACAUCCCAAAGUAACGAUUACUUAGUGUUCCUAUAAUCAUCUUAAAUAGUAACACCUAAAAUGUAUUUUAGUAAUUGGAAAUAUGGCUACUCAACAUAAAGAAGCCUUUGUGAUGGCACACGCAGAGCUAAACCUUCAUCAGACAAUACAAGAACUUUUAACUGGCUUCUAGAUUUAAAAUGCUUAAACUUUUAUUUGUGAAGCAAACAUUUGAAUAAGUCACUGAUGCCAUUCCACAUCAGUUAAGUUUUAAGCAACAUUGUUGAAGGUUUAUAGAUAUUUCUACCUAGUGUAUGCCCAAAGAAUAUUAUUUUACAAUUCUUUAUUUAUAUACAAAUGGAAAACCUGGGAGAAUUUAUUUUAAUCAAUUUAAAAUAUAGUGUAAUAUUGGUCAUUUUAGGUGUCAUAUUCAAUUAAGCUAAUGUAGGUUUGUCAUUUAGAGUGGUUAGUUUUUAUAUGUUAAGCUGAAUAAUCACACAAUUUUGCUUUAAAUAAAAUAAGGAGAUAUAUUUUUUGCAAAUGUUAUGUAGGCUGAAGAGCCUCAUUUUUGUAUAGGAGUAACAUAAUGUCUUUUCAGUUUAGGAAUGUUGAGGCCCACACAGAUUCUCUAUAAUUAAGGUAUGAAGAAAAAUAAAGAACUCAACAGCAGACAUACAGUAAGCUUGAUCCAUCUCUGCUUGGGCAUAUGAUUAUGAUUAUAGGAGAACAAAGUACCCAAAAGACCAUUAACAUGCUGAAAUCUACAUUCCUUAUUGUAAUACCACUUUCUUCACAAAAUUAAAAAUUGAAGUGUGAAUGACAAAGUUCUGGCGAAUCACUACAAAACCCAAGAUGAAAUAAAGCCAUAAACUGCACUAUUGCAAGUGCAAUUGUUGCACAUUUCCUGUCAACUGGCCUUAACUUUUUUAGUCUCAAAAGUAAGGGUAUUUAUCUUUUGUAGAUCUCAAUCUGAGAAUCUUUUCAAUAUUUUCCUAGGAUUUCCUUUUGUUUUUUUAUCAGAUGAAAUUGAACCAUCAUGAAAGAUAUCACAGUUAAUGAGGUUACAGUAUAUCUUUGGAAUUCUAUUCAAUACCAGAUCACAUAUUUCAGGCAAAUAAUAUAUCUAGGGUGAAAAAAAAUACAUAAAAAUACAAUUAGAAUUCAUAAGAAACUUUGACCAUUUAUUGAAAGUCUUAGUAUUUUAGGAACCUCUGGUAAGGAAUUAAUUAAACUGGAUAUUUGACUACUAAUAAUGUAAUGUUAAUUGUAACCUCUCAUAAUUCAUUGAAGACACGGUGAACUGGAUUUCAGAUAUUCUUUUCUUUCCAUUACUAAUCAGUUAAUUAUAUUUGCUUCAGGUUUAAAGAGAUUUACUUUGUUUAAAAUGUUUUGAUUAAUCAUUUAACAUAUUUUUACCCAAGAUGAAAUUUUUUAUUGAGGUAUAUGAUCUGUCCAUGAAAUAUAAUCUCAUUAAUCAAGAUAUAGCUUUCUUACUAUCCUUAAAUAUUAAAAAUAUUUUAAUCUACUGAAGACCCCAUAGUCUAAAUGACUUUUUUAGCUGGACUGUCUAUUUUAUUAGUGUUACAUAUAACGUUUCAAGCGUUGCUUUUUUUGUCACCUUCUGUUUUAGUUGUCUGUUUUUCAUUUUAGUCAUUUCGCCAAAUCUCUUUGCAUGUUCUUCAUAUCUUGUUUAUCAGUACAAGCCUGCAACUUUAUUUUCUAGAUUAGUAUUUAGUGGUUAAACUCUUUUUGACACUGGUUUCCUAUAAAAAGCACAUGAUAUUUAAUAAGAAAUUUAUUAAAAGACUGCAAUUACCAUUUAAUAUUUUCCUUCACACUAAUGUGUCUAUACAAUACAUUUCACAUGUAACGUUCAUUGUAACUCAACAGUUCUACAUGCUACUACUUUUACUUUGUAGUUUUCUGAGUUUUAUGAAUUUCCAUGCAUUUUAUUUCUUCCUGAAUAAUAUUUGGAAAAAAAUGAAAAUCCAUCUUCCAUGUAAUGUAAAGUUUUCAGUCUUCUAGCUUGCACAGUGUUAUUGGAAUUUGAGGUAAUUUCAAACUGCUUCAUGAAGAGGUGCGAACAAUUGCCUUUAAAAUCACACUGGAAAAGGGUGAAGUCACUGUAAACUAAGCAUUUUUUUCUUGUAUUUGGGUGUUUUAUUGGUCUUUGUGGAUAAAACCAAAGAUCAAAAGCCCCCUUUAUAGCUCACUUAAAACGGAAAUAAAAACCGUGCAUUUCCGGAGAGAGUGCAAUUGAUAUUCAGGUGUUUUGUGAACUAAUUUGAACCCAAAACUACAUUUUUGGACAGAGUUUAAUUGAUACUCAGUUUUCAAAUGUGCAUUUCUACCAAAGAACCCCUUAGCAGCAGUUCUCAGCGUCUCCCCCAAUGUUUUCCUCUCCCAUUUCACCCCAACACAUGUACCAUGGAUGUGAACAGUAGAGAGCUACAAGAUAGUACAGCAUCCCAUGAUGAAAAAUGAGAGAAUGUGGAGACUGUCUUUUUAGUCUUCGAGCACACACAAGGGACUAGGGAUAUUGAGUUUUUGAUUUAUAAAUUCGUGACCCUGCUCUUCAUCUGCUUUGAAGACGACAAAGUCUUUGUGCUAUAGAGAACAAUAAUAAUUCUGUCUUCCCCAUAUUUAGACCUGAUGGAAGAAAGGAUAAGUAAGCAGAACUUCAACUGUCUGGUACAUUGCUUUAGUAUUUCAAAUAGUUUCUUGGUUUAACGAAGAGGAAAGGGAGGCAUUUAAUUUGCUCUUCUUGAAGAGAUUAUAGAGAUUAUAGAGAUUGUCAGAAAUGAACUGUGUAGUGUUUUGUGACUAUACAGAAGCACUAAAUCUUAGUUCUUGAAAGGUUAGACUUACAAAUGUAAUGAGAAAGCAUAAAAGGAUUUUUUUAAAGACUGUACAUUUUAGAGAAAUGGUUCAAACUAUUUUAAUAACGUACGACAAAGCACAUCAGAAUCAAAAUGAGCAAAUAUACAUUUUAAAUCAGUAUAUUAAGAUGAAGUGUAUGGUAGGUAGCUGCUCUGUGUUGACUUGGGUGUAGUAUUAAUUACUCAUACAGAACCCUCUCAAUUUAGGUUCGUAAUAGAAUGAAACAAAAAGGAAAGACCUUUAAAAAUAUUUAUCCAGAAAUUAAUAUGUGGGAGAUUCUGACUAAAAUACACAUAAAAGCUUCCUGUGGGCUCUCUUUCAAACAAUUCAAACCAUGCGAAAAGGAGUAAUUUCCUAAGACCUUUAACACAAAAUCAAUUCAACCAUUAUUAAGGAUUGUUUUGCAAUUUGAACAGAAUUGGAUAUACUAAGGGAAAUGUGUAUUAAUAGAUAUUGAAAAUGCUUUGAUGAUGUUAAUGGAUGUUUAAAAUGUUCAAUUUACCUUUGUUUAAAACAGGCAAAGCUGAUGGAAUAACAUAUUUCAUGUAAGAAACACCAUCAAUGAGAAUAUUUUGGUAUAUUGUAUUUAUAUCUAGUAUAUAUGUAAAGUUUUGUAUAUACUUUUACUUAGAAUAUAAAUUUAUUUUUAUGACCAAAUUAUUAUUUUGUGGAGUUCUAGUCUUUACCUUUCUUUUGAUCUACUCCACAUUCUCAAGUUAUUCUCCUGUUCAUUCAUGGGGAUUCAUGAUUAUACUUGCCAAGUUAUGGCAUAAGGUUAUUUUUAAUUAAUUGUGAAAACACCAUGGAAAAUGAGAGCAUUUGUAUAUUUUGGUUUCUGUUUAGUGGUGGUAUUUUGUACAGGAUCCACUGUAUUUGUAUUUUAUUUUCUAUUAAAUUCCAAAACAAUUACACCAGGUAUCCAAAUCAUAUAUGUAUGCACUGUCUACCUACAGUACCUAAUUUUUAGGACAUGUGUGAAAACGAUGUCAACAUCUGAAGCCUCUUAAAUGAUUUAACAUUAACAUGAUGUAAACAACUGUCCCCCACAAGUCUCUGCCAGGUUUUGAAAGCUAUGUGACAUGCAUGCAUUAAUUAAAUCAAGAAUUAUGCCUUCUUUCGUUUCAGUAAGAUUCAAGAUUGUCUCCACUUCUUUUAUAUUCCCCUCAUUAUUUAGUAAAACCUAAAGAAAAAAAAACUACAGUGUUUCAGGAGAUUGGGGCUACCCCAACAAAACUAAUUAGGAAAUGGAAGCAUGGUGUGUAAGCAUUAUAAAACAACACUGCAUGAUGUUUCACUGGAUUGGGGAAUCUGAGUACUGUCAUUUGAAAUGUGAUGUUUCUUUUUUUUGCUUGUAAGGGAGAUUGUGGUUUUAGUUCUUUCAUUGAUUAGGAGAUACUGUAAAUUAUGUUGCAAGCACACCGAGGCUGUCCCAGGCUUAAACUUUGAAAAAGCAAUCCAGUAAAGGACAUUUUUGAGAAAAAAUAUGUUUUUCAGCAUGUUAAUUGAAUUUAAAUACAACCGUCUGAAUCCUUUUAUGUUUUGUUUUCUGACAUAAAUGGUGAACAUAUGAUGACAUUGUUUUCCUAAUAAAAUACUGUUUAAGUUUCAGUCAGCGGAACAUGCAGAACAAAACACUGAGUUCUGUUAAAGGUUGCAGAUUUGGUUCUCAUUUUCUCCCCUUUUCCUGUUUUUAUAUUUACACUAGAGCAUCCUUCAGAAUUCCUAUUGUGUGCAAAUUGUGCAAGUUGAUCAAAUUAACUUCUUCUGUUACAUAAGGUCCAGCCUCAGUCCUUAUUACUCCAACAUGUCCUAAUCCUAAUCAUGAUCAACCACCAUUUAUUAAUAUUGAUAAAAUAAUGGAUACAAUUGCAUCACACAUGAAUGGCUUUCUAUAUUUUACAGUUCAUUUUUGAAAUAAAGAACAUC